UCAGCACCGAAAUAUAACUAGCCAUUGCGAACUAGGCGCCCCUGAAACAGUUGCGAGGCGGCAAACGUUCUCUUCGGAGGUGGGAAGUAAAUGAUGGAGAUGGAAGAUGAACUGGAGAACUUCAUCAAGGAGCAUAAAGCAAAAGUAGCCCAAGAUAGAGCCAGUUUAGAGCAGGAUCCUCCCUACAUGGAAAUUAAGGAAAAACCUCACAGAAGCCAUGAGUCCACACUGAAGGAGAACAUUCCUCCGAAGUGGACUGCACAAAAGAAAGAGGAGAUCACCUUUGUGGGUCUGCCCCUCGGUGUGGAGUACGAGAAAAAGAAGAAGAAACUUCAGCAUGAGCUUCGUAUGGACUACAGACGCUACAUGGCACAGCAAAACCUGCUUGAAAAGAAAAGUCAUCUUCUCAAACAGCGGUCCCCUUCACGGAAGGAUGCAGCCACUUUGACAGAAGCCAGAAGGGACUCUCACAGCGCGCCUACCCUUCCUGAGGGCAAGACCCCCUUCUGUCCUGAAGAGCCAUCCAUGGAACCUCCCAGGGAGAAGAAAGAGAUGCAUUCAGGUUUUGCCAGACACGGCAGGAGAUCAACGGCCCUGAACAAAUCUGAUGACGCUGAUUUUGCGACUGGCCUUUUAAUCGGAGCAAUUGAAAGCGAUGAAGCCUUGCACAGGAGGAAGGAGCGCUACAGGCAGGAGCUGCAGGAACAGAUAGCUGAGCAGCACAGAAACAAGAUGAGGGAGAAAAAUAUGGAGCUGGAAGUUGCUGUAACAAGGGCAAAUGAUCCAGAGAAACAGUGCAACCAAAUCAGGCAGAUUGGACCAAACAAGGGAAAGAAGGAGCAUCACCUCCUGGAGCCUUCAGCUUUGGGAGACAGCGAGUCUUCAUCCAAAAGUUUACCAAAUAACGGCAAAACUGGUGCUGAAGGCAGGCGGACACCUCCACCUCAUCAGCCCCAUUUGGCCUUUCAGUCCCCAGUGAUGGAGUGCAGCUCUACCAUGGACCUGAUGGAAGGUGGACUGUAUGCCAAUAGUCACCCUGCUCCCCUCCCCUCCAGAGCCAUGGACACCCCCAGAUUUCCCAUGAUCCCGCCACACCCUCCUCUAACCAUCACAGAUCCCUACAGAGGACAAUAUGCAGCGCCCCAUCACUACUACAGCAGCAGAAAUCCGCUUGACCCAAACAUUGGCUACUAUGGUCAGUUGCCUUACCCUGCUGUGGCUCUUCCCAUGUCUUACUAUGCCAUACCACCAGGAGGCGUUGUGCCCAGUCAGUUUGGUGACACCCCGCAGUGCCCCCACAGUGGAAGAAGCAGUUUUCCUGGGCCCCCACUGCAGACCAACACUGAGCCUGUUACUCCUGCCCCCCAUAGUGGGCUUUUCCCACCAGAGAGGCCCAGAUCAUCCAAAGAAAUGAAUUUAAAAUACCGAGAUGCCCUGAAAAAACAGGACGAUGCCAGGGAAGGGAGCGGUCAGCUUUUCAUCAAGAUUCAGGAGCAGCAGGAGAGGAAGCGUAUGGAGAGAGAGGAGCGGGAGCGUUUGGAGGCCCAACUGGAAGCCGACAUGAAGAACCAUCAGCCUUGGGGUCGAGGUGGAGGCGGAGCCCCACUCAGAGACCAUACGGGAAAUCUCAUCGCCGACCUUAAACAGAUGCACAAGCUAAAUGAGGAGGCCUACAGCAACCCAGAAGGGCAGAGGAGAGCCAUGACUGUGAUGACACCCCGCCCAGCUGAGCACCCUGACCCCAAAGACAGGGUCUCUGGUACUGUAGCAGAGUGCAGUAGCCCUGACACUAAUGACCGUCUCCCUGGCUUCACCCAUGUCCAAACACCGCAGUUCGCCAGGGGCACUGUUUUUCCCAACCUGACCACACUGCAGCAGCUCCAUGAGCAAGACAAGUACAAAGCUGACCUCAAGCUGCAGAUUGAGGAGAAGCAGCGUAAACGGGCAGCAGACAGGGAACGGAUCAGACUGGAGGAAGAAAAGCUAGAGAGGAAGGUGUUAGAACAGAAUGCUUCCAUCCAAAGGGAGUACAAAGAAGAACAAGAGAAGAAAAAGCAGAAGGAGAUGGAGCAAAAGGCCAAGGUAGAGGAACUACUUCAGCUGGCAGAACAAAAAAGGAAGGAAGCAGAGAGAAAGAAGGCGGAAGAAAAGGAGAAAGCGGCACAAAAGAGGCAAUAUGAACGAGAGAGGCAGGCCCUCAUGAAAGUGGUUCACAGGGAACCGUCUCCUCCAGUUCCCACCCCACAGAGAAAACAAGAGUACAGCCCCAGGCCUCCCACCCUCGAGAGCCGUCAUUCCACUGCUCGCCUUUCUGAACAAUCUUUUUCCAGCCCCCAGUCUCCACCUGUCCCUGCUUGUAGGAAUCAACUUCGAGCUGCAGGUGAGCAACGAGACGUGUACAGUGAACUGUCAGCAUUGCGUCGGCAGCUUCGCAGUGAACAAAAACGACUUGAGUGUCAUCUACAGCAGGAGGGUUGGGAUGGAAUGGACUCCCCUCUGGCUGGAAGACAAGCGCGUCCGCACGUGGAUGUGUUUGAUAUGGCGAGGCAGAGGCGCCAGGCUCCGGUUAGAAGGCCCAACUCCAGGAACCUGGAACCCAGUAAUCUGCUACGAAUUCAUGACUCACUUCAGAUCGAUUACUCUGAUGGUGAGUCCAGGCUCAACUCAAAUGACGUUCAAAGGAUGGGGAGAGUGGACGCAGCCAGUCGGAGGAGGCGGAACUACAUGGAUGCACAUCAGCAGCGCAGCAACCAGAGGUCAACACACCAGGAUGUUGUGAGCCCAUACAUCAGUGCUAUAUAUUUUCUUAACAGAAUAUCCCCUCUGCAUCAAAAUGACUAUCUGGGGAGCGUGACUGUGCAACGUGCAAGAGGACCUCUGCUGGAGUCAGAGAGUGCUUUUCUUGCUCCUUUGGGAGAGGCUUUUCCAGUGCCAAGCUCCCCAGACGUAGAAAGGACACACCAACUCUCAGCCCGAGAAAGGAGGAGGCGGAUCAGACAGUGCCCGCACCCCCAGGAACAAGUGUCUUGCCAUGACUACCCAGCCCACAUAAGUAGCGGGAAUCAGAGAGAAGUGGAGUCCAGCAGUGAAGAAAAGAGCCAGGACAGGACAUACAAUUUGAUGGCGCCCAGUCGUCGAGGCAACACAGCCGGAACUGUGGAUUUGUCUGAUGACGAGUCAUUACCUCCUCACCUCACUCACCACCGUCAAAGUUCAGUGGAAUCAUUCUCAACUGAUCCCUGGAUGCGACCAGGAACAUCAGAAACUCUGAAAUGUUUAGAGGGCCCAUUGAGGAGGGAGCGAUUAACAACGCAUGAGACAAUCCGUUAAAACAUUGCAGGGAUUUUCUAACUUCACACUUCAUUUUUAAUACAGAUUACCACGCCUCUGAGAUAUUACAUUAUAGUUGAUUUCCCUCUUUAAUACAUGACAGAUGAAUGUGUCUGUGGGACCAAUGUGCCUACUUUAUUUGCCGUUGUCUGUUAAGAAUUUCAAUGUUCAAUGAAUGUCUACUUUUUAUAUGGGCAGCUUUAUAUUUAUUAAAUUAUUUAAAAAUGUAUUGACCAGAUAUAUUUUUAAUAAAUG